ACUAAUACAACAAGUGGAGGGAGAACCUCCUGAAAGAGCUGACUGAAACCGCAGCGCUGGGAAGUGUAUUUCCAAUUGAGAUUGAGAAAUAAUUACCUGGAAAGUUUGUAAACCAGUGAAAGGAAAUGCAGGCGAUUGUGGGCCCCCUCCUCCUGAUGUCACUCUUCUCCGUCACCAUGGCGAACCGCGUGUAUGUCCACCCCUUUGGCAUGUUUGCCCUGGAAAACACCACCUGCGUGCCUGUCAAGGCCCAGGCCGAGAAGCCUCUGAAGACGGUCACUCUGAUGCCCAUCGAACCCCACGACAGCACGGAGCCUGACGCCCACACCCAGAAAGACAGCGAGAGCCCGAGGCAGAACAUUACGCAGAGAAGCAUAGUCCUUGCUUACCUCCAGAACCACCUGGGCCUACGCCUCUACGACGCACUGAGGAAGCAGAAGGCCGGCAACACGCUGUUCUCUCCUAUGGGCGCCUACGGGGAGCUGGUCACCCUCUACCUGGGAGCCUCCGGGAGCACAGCCAAGCAGCUGCAGGAGUUCCUAGGCCUGGGCAAAGAGACGGACACAGAGGACUGCAUCUCGCCGUUCGAUGCGCACAAGGUGCUCCGCACGCUCCACAGCAUCAACUCUCCGAAGGACGGGGCCGAGGGGGAGCUGCGGACGCAGGCCUGGACCUUCAUCAGCAGCAAGGCGGACCUUUCUGAGGACUUCGCCCGGGGUGUGCAGGACUUCUCGGACGCCUCCUACACUCGGGCUGUGGAUCUGUCCCAGCCACAGGUGGCAGAGGCCCAGGUAAACUCCUUCAUCAAGAGGACGACAGCAGAGAAGAUCAAGCAGCUGUUCAAGGACAUCAGCCCAUCCUCUGACCUCCUGUUUGCCAGCUCUGUCCAUUUCAAGGGGAACUGGAGGACAGCAUUCCAGCCAGAGGCUACCACCAGGCAGGAAUUCUGGAUAACUGACAAUACGAGCGUCACUGUGCCCCUCAUGACCCAUACUGGAAACUACAAGUACCUGGAUGACAGGGGCAGGAAGUGCACUGUUGUCAAACUCCCCCUGAGCAACAAGGCCUAUAUGCUGCUGGUUUUGCCCCACGAGGGGACCCACCUGGACCACAUUGAAAACCAGCUGACAGCACAGCUGAUCUCAGACUGGUCUCAGCACCUGAAAGAAGGGCUCUUGGAGCUGUCCCUGCCCAGGUUCUCCAUGAAGGGCGUGAGCGAUCUGAAAAGCAUCCUCUCGGACAUGAAGCUCGGCUCACUGCUGGGCACGGAGGCAGAGUUCCGCAAACUCAGCACCAAGGAGCACUUCAGCAUUGGCCAGGUGCUGAAUAACGUGCUGUUUGAGAUGUCUGAGGAGGGAUCUGCACAUCAGGACAAACCACAGGAUGGCCACACAGCCACAAAACUCACAGUCAACAGGCCCUUCUUAUUUGGCGUUGUGGAGGGAAACUUCGAGGGCAUCCUACUCCUGGGGAGAGUAACCAACCCUACGCUCUGAGGACUUCUGGGAAAACCUCCUGGCUAACAGAACAUACAGACUGUAGCACGACAUAGUGAUGACAUAGGUGAAACUGAAUUUGAUGCUGUCCCCUUGAUAUUGUACGUAUAUAUAUAUAUAUCCAAAGACUGGUUUAUCCAAGGCCAAACCAUUUGGCUUCUAUACUGUUUAGCUGUCACUUUGCUUUCCAAAUAAAAAUAUUUAUUUGGUCACUCACUUUUAGAUAGAAUUUAUGCAAUACAGUACCAUGGAUUUCCAUUUGGCCAUUAAAAAAGAAACAAAUGCUAAACCUAUAGUGUAUGCCUCAAUUAAGUUCACCUCAUGUGACAGUCAGUAUGCCAGUAUAGUGUUAUCUUAACAUGAAUCAAAGGCCAGUUGCAGAGCAAUUUGUUACAUAUGAAUACUGCCAGCUUUGAACUUCCUGUAGGUUUUGUCAUCUGUAAACACUUCCCUUUCAGGUGUAUUGAGGGUAUUUGUGUCAACUUACAGGAUAUAUAUUCACAUGGAUGGAAAAAGCAUUUUCCACAGUAAUGUUGAAAAAGUAGAUUUGUAUAUUUCUGGUAUGAAUGAUUUGGUGCUGUAAAACAAAAUUGAUUUUCGGCAAUUCACAACUGUUUCCAUUCUCAUUGGAUAUGCCUGUUUUUCUGGACAUUGCUCAUUCUCUACCAAAUAAUUAAAUAAAAAAU